UUUUUCCAUGGUGUGACUAAUCCGCAACCAAGGACAAUCUCCAGAACACAUUGAAGCGGCACUGUGAUCCAUGCAAUAACACGAUGAGGCGUGUGAGGAUUUCUCCACGACUCCACGACUGAUUAGAUUUGUGUAGAGAGACCGAGAGACAUGCCGCACGCGCGAACCAGGAACCCGAGCCCCAUCCCGGAGGUAACGUGGGACACAGGGCACAAGGAGAUGAACGAGACGUGGAAGGGGGCAGUGGCGUGUCUCGGCGUGGCCGUGUUCUUCGUGAUGACCAUCGGCAUCAUUUACUGGCAAGUGGUGGAUCAGCCCAACAAGAACUGGAUCCUGAAGGGCAGCUUCAGCGGGCUGGUGUGGGAGCGCAGGACGCAGUCGCUUGUCCUGCAGACGCUCACUGAGGACAAGACGUUCGUGCAGAUCGACCUGGGACACGCGGGUGGCGCGGACGCUGAUGUGCCCUUCGUGCGGAAUCUUUGUUGGCUAAACAAGACCGAGUUCUGCUACACGUGGGACUCGGUGGCCGACGUGAGGAUUUCUCUGGAUGCCGGCGAUGAGGCUGGGACGGAGUGCUAUACUGUCACCUGGACCCCGGUGCACUGCCAUGUGGAGCUCAAGGACUGCUUCUCUAUGGAUAAUGUAUCAUGGUACGGUGGGGCCAGUGUCCAAGCACUGCGGUGGCCAAUAAAUGAUGUGGAUAUUUCAAUGCAGCCCUUCACUGUCAGUGACCUGAGGGACAACCCCUCUGGCUUUGGUUCAGUCCUAGAGCGCUACUUCCUGGGCUCGUCAGGUGUGGCAGUACUGGUGGCCUCACACAUCCCGCUGCAUGUAGGGGUAGAAAGCAGGCAGCAGUUCUGUCUACAGACAACUCCCAGUAUGGCGCGACUGCCCCUGCAGUACACUGUCUGUGUGGGAGAGAACGUCAAAGCUGUUUACCAAGAGUCAAUACAGCAGCUCUCCAGGCCCUAUCGAGAACUGCCCAGCAUGAAUGUCUUAUGGCUGCCUUUCUGGAAACUUCCAGCAAGUGUGGACUCAGGAGCGAAGAUUGAAAGGGAGCUGAGAACCUUCUCUAACCGGCUGAAGAGGCACCACCUAGGGGAAGGGGUCAUCAGCCUGGAUGAACAUUCCACAUCUCUCCUCUCCAACAUGGACCAUGAGAACCACAAUGGCAGGCGAAGGACGUCUAAGAGACAGAGCAGGGACCUUCCUUUUGUGAAGCUUCUGAACAUUUCCGUAACCCUGUCCCCAUAUUUAAGUGUGGACUCACGGCAGUUUCAGACCUCCAUACAAGACAGAAUGCAGGAUUACUGGCUCAGCUUGCCCACUGGCCCACGGGCUCAACUGGUUCCAUUAUUAACUCAGUGGAGAGGAAAGUACUGUGUCAAGUUGAACAUCACAAAUCCAGAAGCCACCAACUGGUUCUUGGAGAGAGUGAGCAGCCUGCACAGUCGCUUGGGCAUGGAGUAUGUGAUGCUAGAGGGUGGGGAGGGAAACCCAUUUGAAGAGAAGACUAUGCGAUAUUUUCCUGUCCUCACAGGAGAUGAAUACAUCAGGCUCCUGGCAGACCUCGCUGAGAGUAUAGGGGGCAAUACUAUUGUUACGGCAGGGACAAGGUCCAGCCAGAAGCCUUUGUUCAUCCGUAUGAGCGCACUGCAGUCUGACUGGAGUUAUGCUGGCCUCAAGGGUAUCAUUCCAUCCCUGCUGCAUUACAGCCUGCUGGGCUAUAAUUUCUUCAUUCCUGAUGCAGUAGGAGGCUCUUUAUCCAGUGAGCUGGUUACAGACGAUGAACUCUUCAUUCGCUGGCUGGAGAUUGUGGCCUUUCUUCCUGUGCUCAGUUUUCAGACACCUCCAUGGGCUUCAGGGGUGGACCAGGUUCUGAACCUAACCAGAAUCUACAUCACUAAGCGGCAAGAGUUUGUAGUGCCUCUGAUAGAGAAAUAUGCCCAGGAGUGGCAAGUCACUGGAAAUCCCAUCUACCGCCCGCUGUGGUGGAUCAGUCCUAAUGAUCCAGCCACAUUCACUAUUGAUGAUGAAUAUCUCAUUGGAGAUGAGGUACUUGUUGCACCAGUGACAGAAAAAGGAGCCUUGCAGAGAGACAUUUAUCUGCCAGGGAGCAACGUUCAGUGGCAAGACACCAACAAUGCUAAAGUGUUUGAUGGUGGGACGCUCCUACAAAGUUACCACGUUGGGCUUGAGGAGGUGCCUGUAUUCAUCCAAAAGACCUCCUGA